UCCACUCGAGUGCCAGUAGAUAUCAGGGUGCCAUAGUGCCAGGGACUACCACCACCACCACCACCACCACAACAACCACUACUACUACUACUACUACUAUGGCGCGAAUAUUAGCACCCUUGGCCAUCUGGUGUCUGUUUCUGCCACUACACGACCACGCCCACGCCCUCCCACGCCCAUUCCACCCACGCAGGUUCCUAAGGGCGAUGAGGCGUGGUAAUCGACAUGAAAAUUGGAACCAAACCACGGCAGAGAUGGUGAUAGCAAAUGGAUAUCCUGCAGAGACACACGAGGUUGUCACACAGGACGGCUACAUCCUACAGCUUCACAGGAUACCACACGGCUCCUCCUCCUCCUCCUCCUCCUCCUCUUUUCGUCCUCCUAUUCUUCUUCAUCACUGUCUCCUUUGUUCUUCUUCCGAGUUUGUUAUGAACACUCCCGACAGAGCUCUGGCGUACGUGUUGGCUGACGCUGGUUAUGACGUGUGGUUGACCAACGCUCGCGGGAACACUUAUUCAAGAAACCAUGUGACACUUAGCCCAGACGAGAAGGCUUUUUGGCAGUUCAGCUGGCACGAGAUGGGCGUAUAUGACCUCCCAGCUGUGAUAGACCACGUGCUGAAUGUGACGGGGGAGACGCGACUCAAGUACCUGGGAUUUAGCAUGGGGACCACCGUGUUCUGGGUAAUGCUCAGCGAACGCCCGGAAUAUGCCAAGAAGGUGAGCGUGAUGGCAGCCUUGGGUCCCGUGGCCUACACACAGCAUGUCAGGGGCCCGCUCAAGGUGAUGGCCCCCUUCGUUAGCAUGAUAGAGCGAAGUCUGAGUCUGUUCGGGCAGUAUGAGUUGAUGUCUUUCGGCAGCACAAUGGACAAACUCACAUCGAUGUUUUGUAACGACAAGAUUUUUACUUCCAUUAUUUGUCGAAACCUUCUCUUCCUUAUCGCUGGACCUAACCCAGACAGACUCAACAAGAAGUACCUCCCGGUUCUAUUGGCCCACACCCCAGCAGGCACCUCAGUCCACACCGUCACUCAUUAUCUCCAACUUGUGAGGUCAGGCGCUUUUGGCCAAUACAACUUCGGCCGCAUGUCUAACUUGGCCCACUACGGUUCGUUCACGCCGCCCCAGUACACUCUAAGUCACGUGACGGUGCCUGUGGGGCUGUUCUGGUCCUCAGCUGACUGGCUAGCGGCUCCUGGUGAUGUGGCGAGGCUUCAGGCGGCCCUUCCCAAUGUGGUGAUGUCCAUGGAGGUUCAGAGUGGUGAUUUCUCGCAUCUUGACUUCGUGUGGGCUUCUGAUGCCAAGGAGCUGGUCUACACACACGUACUGGAGUUCCUUAAGGCUUACUAGGGACAAACAGAGAAGGUUCCUGUCUAAAAUCUCUCUUUCUCUUAUUUCUUCCUCUUCUCUUUCUUUUUUUUCACUCUUCCUCCUUCCUCCUCUCUUCUCUCUCUCUCUCUUCUUUUUCUCUCUCUCUCUCUCUCUCUCUCCGUUCUACUGGUGUUCCUCAGGGGUUAGACAAACAGAGAAGGUUCCUGUCUAAAAUCUCUCUCUUUGUAUUAUUUCUUCCUCUCUCUCUCUCUCUCUCUCUCUCUCUCUCUCUCUCUCUCUCUCUCUCUCUCUCUCUCUCUCUCUCUCUCUCUCUCUCUCUCUCUCUCUCUCUCUCUCUCUCUCUCUCUACUGGUGUUCCUCAGGGCUUAGACAAACAGAGAAGGUUCCUGUCUAAAAUAUCUCUCUUUGUAUUAUUUCUUCCUCCUCUCUCUCUCUCUCUCUCUCUCUCUCUCUCUCUCUCUCUCUCUCUCUCUCUCUCUCUCUCUCUCUC